AUGUCUGACUCUGCCGAGAUCGAUAGCGUCCUGAAAGAACUGCAGACGGAGCAGGGUCCUCUUCUUGACAAAAUUGACGAACUUCGCACACUCGGGGUCGGAACACUUGUUGGGUUGCCGCAACUUAUCGUCUGUGGAGAUCAAUCCAGCGGUAAAAGCUCUGUUCUUGAAGCCAUAUCUCGUGUGCGUUUCCCGAUGAAGGCGAAUAUGUGCACUCGAUUUGCAACGGAAGUCGUUCUGCGCCGGCAUCCAAAAGUCCGAUUCAAGGUCGCCAUUGAGCCUGGGCCGUCUCAGGCGAGAAAGGGGAAUCUUGAGAAGGCCAAAAGAUUUGUACCAGCUGAGAUUACCAAUGCCGAUCAAUUCCAAUACCUCAUUGACCAAGCCAAAGAAUUCAUGGGGAUCAACAGCGGACAGGAUUUCAGCGAAGACGUUCUGAAAGUCGAGGUAUUCGGGCCCGAUAAACCGGAACUGACGCUUGUCGAUCUACCUGGUCUCUACAAUUCGAGCAGCACGGCUCAAGGGGAACAGGGAAUUAAAAUCGUUCGAAAUAUCACCGAACGGUAUAUGGCGAAUGAUCGCAGCAUCAUUCUUGCCGUGGUCGGGGCAAAUAACGACCUUCACAACCAAGGGGUUUUGAGUCUGGCCGUAAGAUUCGACCCCUCCCGAGAACGGACUUUGGGAAUUGUCACUCAGCCUGACAGACUUGAGACUUAUUCAGACGAGGAAGAAUCUUGGUUGCAAGUUUUGAGAAACGAAAAAGUCCCCUUGCAGCUAGGGUGGCAUGCAUUGCGAAACAGGUCCUCGACAAGACCUGACAUAUCAGAUGACGAGAGAGACAAGGAGGAGAGGAAAUUCUUCACCGAGGGCAAAUGGGUCUCUGUUCCUGGAUCAUCUAUGGGAGUUGGUAGCCUGCGACAUCGACUCAGCACCGUUUUAUUGAAGCACAUUCAGCGGAAUCUUCCUGCUCUCAUCACUGAUAUCAAUGAAAAGGUGCUUGACCGGCGGUCGAGACUGGCAAAGCUGGGACCACCUCGAAGUACACUCCAGCAACAGAAAGGAUUUCUACUCAAUAUCAGCAGCAACUUCGAGCGCAUUACCGGCCAAGCAUUGGAUGGAAUGUACAAAGAUGACUUUUUUGGUGGCCUAGACAGUGGAACAAACCCUCUCCAUCAAGAUAUUCGACGUAUCCGUGCCAUUGUUCGUCAGCUGAACGAAUAUUUUGCCGAUUCCAUGGAAACUGUCGGGUGCAGCCAGUUCAUCCGCGAGUUCAAUGGUAAAGCAAUCCCACAGGCACUGUUUGGAAAUCCCUACACGAACAGUAGUGCACCGAAUAUCGGAAUACCAACUAUCAGAACCAGGUCCGAUGUUGAAAGUGAAGUCAGCAGGCAGGCACGUCACAAUCGAGGUAUUGAACUCCCAGGAAGUGCCAACCAACUCUUGGUGGGAAAGCUGUUUCGCGAACAAUCCAAGCCAUGGGAGAAAAUCGCUCGAGAGCAUUUGACAAAGACUUGGGAUUGUGUCAGAGAUUUCAUCAGCCUCCUCUUACAAUACCUCGCCAAUGACCACACCUACUCCCUUUUGCUUGGUAAUCUUCUUGGUCCAAAGCUGGAGAAGAUGAAAGAUGAUCUGUUGGCAAAGCUGGAUGAGCUAACCGCAUACAAUAAACGUGGACAUCCUUUGCCUUUGAGCAAAAGCUUUCUCGCAAAGAUUCAGAAAGCCAGGAGUGAUCGCCAAAUUGAUAAAUUGGAACUGGCCUGGCAAACAGGAUCUCGUUCCGGUGAUAAGUCCAUUACUAUUGAGCAGCUUCGGCAAGCCAAUAAUGAGGUAGAAUCGACUAGCAAUCAGUUUGCAGCAGCAGAUAUUGUGGAUCAAAUGCAAGCGUAUUACGAUACUGCUAUCAUCACUUUUAUUGACAAUGUUGCCACACUUGGAAUUGAAAAUUGCCUACUUGGUCCUCUCGGCAGCAUCCUUACAAGUCAAACAAUCAAUAAUAUGGAGGACAAACACGUUCAGGAACUAGCGGCUGAACCUUUCUCUAUUGUUGAUGAGCGCGGUCGCUUGACCCGAGAGUUGGAGAAGCUGCAAGCGGGUUCGCGAACAUUGGGGAAAUUCAAUAUCCGGAAGGCUACUACGCAACAUGGUCUUGUCAACUCAGACACUCAGACCAAAUCGACCGCCAAACGCACCGCCCCCGGUGCUUCGAGUCCGUCUUUGGGCCCUCAAGCUGCCAGUUUUAAUAUAUUCGCGCCAGAAUCGCUAAGAGCUUCAUCUCCUCUAGCAGGGUCUACCGUGAACACGAGUGCCGGAAAGGUGCGCCCUUUUGGUAAUCCAAAAAUCUCGCAACCCGCGACUAGCAAGACUCGGAACCUGAAUGUUGAGCCUCGUAGCUUAUCUAGCUUUGGCUCUGCUUCCAGGUCCUCGUUUGGAGGCGGAAGUACUUCUGGAUUUGAAUCUCCGUCAUUUGGUUCGUCUUCAAAUUCUAGCCCGAGCUCUGGCACAUUUGGUGCGCCUUUAUCUGGUAGUUUAAGCAACUCCACUGUGAGCCAGUCAAACCCGUUCCCACCUCUAUUUUCAGGCAGCCCUCAACAACAAGGGGAGGACACCGUGCACGCCACUCAACAGAGCAACAGUUUCCGGAGGUAG